UGCCAUAAAUAAGAAGAAGACUGUAUUUUCUGUGAGCUGUCAUUGCCAUUGUUUUUCAUUGUACAGAAAAAAACGAAAAAAUUAAUUUCUUGGCGUUUUCCUGCUGAAAAAAGUUAAAAUAUAUAAUAUUUCUACAAAAUGGGAGCCUCAUUCUUUCCAAUUUUAUUCUUUACUGCCGUAUGGGCUGGAGUUGGUAUUGGUUUGCCCAUGAUGACGCCAAAGGGGCCACAUCAAAAUCUAAUACGCUGCACAUUAAUGUUAACGGGUUGUUGUUGCUGGCUUUUUUGGUUAUGCUGUUACAUGGCCCAAAUGAAUCCUUUGAUUGGACCCAAACUAAAUCAGCAUACAAUUUUCAUGAUUGCCCGUGAAUGGGGUAACUCUUUGAAGGAAGGUUAAACAGUGGAAGGCGGAAACGUAAACAUAUAAAAACAGCUAAUCCGAAAUUUAUGUACAAUUAACCAAAUUUACUCAUUAGUUUAUCUCAUUUGAAUUGUGUUAGUCAUUAAUUUUAGUUUCCCCCCUCAUCUUUUCUUCUUAUUUCGAAAUCAAUUUUUUGUUAAAAAUGUAUGUUAUCAAAAAAUAACACUUGAUAUAUACUUUAUCAUUCCAUGUAUGUUGCCCCCUUUUGUUAGUUCAAUCUAUGUUCUACAUAUGUUUGUAUGUUCUUUAUUGGUUGAGAAUGUAUGACAAUCCCCUACCCCUACUGUCCACCCACAUUUAAUGUCAUUUCCUUUUAUUUAGUGCAAAUUAUUAAACUUAAUCGAACUAUAAAGAAUAAAGAAAUAAAAAAUCUCAUUUAAAUUAUAUAUGUAUUUAAUUCCAACUUAAUAUUAAAAUGUUAUUGUGAAAUAUGUAAACAAUGUUAAUAUGGCAGCAAUAAAUUACCAAAAUAUUGUAAAAAGGAA